GGAUUUAGACAAUAUCUCACCAUUACAAUAUAUUUACUUUUGCUUAAAAUACAUGAAAUAACGAAUUUCAUAAGAAAUAACAAUGUCAGGAAUCGGAUCUACAUCAAAUGCAUCUAUUCACCGAGGUGUACACGAUGAUGGACAAUGUAGAAGUCGAUAUUUUUUGCAUCAUCAUGGUCCAGAUCAUCCCCAAGGACGAUCACUGAGUUCUUUUAAGCAGCAUAUGUCUAGUAGUGCAUUAGGUCAUUUAAUAUCAAAUGCUAGUCAAAAGCAUCUGUCUCGGCAACAUAAGACAACUCAUCGAUUUAAAUUCUCUAGCGCUGGUAGUCUAUCACACAAUCAAGUACAUUUACAUAAAGAAACCAAUAAUCAUUGUAAAGUUGAUGAUAGAGUUUUUGAGGUGCUUUUGAAAGGACAUGUAUUUGUUCGUGCUACAUGUUCAAGACUUCGAGAUCCCUGCGAAUUCUGUUUGCAUUCAGUUCAUGGUCACUCCUAUUUAUAUUGCAGAAAUUGUCCUGUUGUAAUUCAUAAUAAAGACAUUUGUCAAGAACGUCUUACUAGAGUGUGUCCCGCUCCGGAAAUAGGAAUAACAGGAUGGGGUGAAGGAAACUAUCCACUUAAAUUUGAAGAAAACUCACCAAUCGAUCUAGAAGCAGUAUUUCUUUCAGUUUUACCUGGUCUUCAAUCUAAUAAAUGUUUUGAAUGUGGAUGCAUAUUGGAUUCUCACAGUGGAUAUGAACUUAAAACAAAUGAUAAACUGAAUGAAAAUAAUAAUAACAACUCAUCCAGUAACAAUCUCAAAUCAAUGAAACGUCAGAAAUCACACAAAGAAGUGUUUUCACACUUACGACGUGUUCGAUCUCAUCAUCAAUUCAAUCAAGUCGAUAGUGUUCCUCAAGCCACAACUAUGCGUAUUUGUCAUUUGACAGGGAAAUAUUAUUGUGAACGUUGUCACUUUGAUGAUACUUGGUAUGUACCAGGUUCAAUAUUCCUCCUAAACGAUACGUCUAAGCAACCACUAUGUCGUUCAGUCUACAUUAAAUUGCGUGUUAUGUGGGAUUCUUUGGUGUUAAGAGUUCCAGCCUAUUGGCACCGGGAUAAUCUUGAAGCUGAGAAGGUCUGUGAGGUCCGCACUAAAUUACAGCCUCUUUUACGCUACGCAAUGCUGUGUCCAGAAGCUUCUUCAAUAAAAGCUAGUGCUGAACUUGCUGGACCAAGCUAUUUAUUGGGUAAUCCUGAAUAUUUUCGAAUGUGUGAUAUCCUUGAUGUAUUGAAUGGAACACUUUAUUUGAAGUUAAACGAAUAUUUGAAAAUUUGGUCUGAGCAUAAAGCACACUGUGAAAUUUGUGGAGAUACUCGAAAAUCUGUUGAAAGUGACGAUGCAAUUUGGCUCGGAAAUAAACUAUCAUGAUAAACGUAUUUCUAAACAAAUUUCGUAGUGAUGUUAUAAAACUUUUUUUUGAUUAGAAAUUUAUUUGUACAAUUAUCUGUCUUUUUAUUUUUUACAUCUUUAUUUGCUAAUACUAUUUGAUUGAGAAAUUACUAAUAUUUUAAUAGUAACACAUUUAUCUGACUUCCGCUUUUGAUUUGUUUCUGUCUUCAAGUUAUCUUGGUUUUUGAACAUGUGAUUAAUUAAAUUUUCAAAUUUUUCGUUAGUUUAAAUUGAGAAAACAAUGUCGUUGAUAGGUCAAACUAUCAUAAUUUGUCAAUCAAAUCACUUGAAGUCAACAUAGAAUAUAAUAUUUGUUUUUGAAAAAAACAUGAUAAUCACAUGAAUGAACAGGCUUGUGACUUACAAAUAUUUAGUCGAAUUGUAGAUUAAUUCAUGCAACUAAGUGUACUCUGUAGAAUAUUUGUUAUGAAAUGAAAAC